AUGAAGCGGGCUCUGUUCUUCCUGCUGUUGCUGCCGCGCUUUCUGCCUUGUGGCGAGCCCCAGAGCACGGUCCCUGCUACCAUCGAAGCCCCCCAGUUGCUGAACGAGACCAAUGGAUCGACGUGCGACCAGUGGCUGUACGGGACGGAGCCGCCGCAGGUGAAGGCUUUCCAGUGCGUGGAGCAGCGCACCGGCAUCGAAGUUAAGUUCUGCUGCGGGACCUGCGGCCAGCCAAGCAAUUGUUACUUCGAAAAGCUCCUCGAGGGCCCCACAGCGCGCCCUACCGACGGUGGCCUAGAACUGCUCCCUCCUGCACCUCCAGCGCCACGUAAGGCGGCUAGCUCCCUUGGCUUUAUUAGCACCUCGACACUAUCUGGGCCUCGGUCUGCAUGCAAACCCGCCGUUCUCUCUCUUUUAGACACGGGUCCCCCAUUCCCUGUCGGCUUCCCUUUCGGUCUAUCGCUCUCUUCCCCGCCCUUGAACUGGGGAUGCGGCUCAGAGGCUCCACUCGACGGGGAGGGCGCCUUCGAAGCCCCUUUCGCCUCUGCAAGAAGGCUGCGCGCUUUCGCUUGGGAAGGGAGGCUAGGAACGGGCACUCCGGGAGGGAGGGUGGCUAGGAACGGGAAGUCCAGUGCGCAGAAGACUUGGGGGGCAAGAACCGCUUCGAGGGUGCUUCAAGGGGGUCGUGUGGGCCCAGUCUUAGGCUGCGCUAAGACGUCUUCUGGUGCUGUGAAAAAUUCGUCGGUCUUUCACGUGCCUGAAGACUCUGGGUUGCCACGGGCGGACUAGCUUGCUGACGGUUCUGCAAGUAGAUCCGAAAGACAUGGGCAAGAUUUGUACACGGGGUGGGGACAGGAAACUUUUCCCGAUGAUAUCCGCAGUGUCCUGCCUUCUAGGUUGCUUCAGUGCAGGCUGCCCCAGUUACUACCAAACACUUUUCUUUCCUGUCUUGGAGUCUUGACUCCUGAAGUGAGACACGGGGGGGGGGGGGGGCUUGCAGUAUGAGAUACUCCACCUCACGAUGCUAACUAUACCCGCCCCAGGCUUUCUGGGGGGGGGGGUUACAAAUCCCUAGCUCCAUUCCUAGAGAGUCCAGUUUGUGCAGUUGAGCAAAACAAGUGAGCAAAUUGAUAGCAGAACAAACACUGAUCAAUAUCUUUCUUCUGUUUCAGACAUGGACAGGCUGACCUGGUUUUGGGGAGGAGUUAUUGCCAAUGCAAUAUUUUACUGGGCUUUUAUCCGCACUUGCAGAAGAUUCUGGCGGAGGAAGACUACCCAAGAAAGACCCGUGGAGGGCCUUGAGCUAGACACCAGCUCUUCUGGGAGAUCAAGUGAUCAUCGUGACCCCUCUUGUGCCUCCACCAGAUUGGUUCCGCCAUCGUCUGAAGGUGCAGAGGGUCUUGCUGCUGCAUCUGGCAGCGCACCUAGUGUACAGCCCCAAGCUGAGGGCUCUGAGAAUGUGACCAUCAUGUGGACAGGAUUUGUCCCAUUCCGAGUUGGUGCUACUUCUCCCUCUCAGCCAAAGCAGGGCCGCAAAAAGCGUCGGGCUAAGGCAAAGAAGGCAAAGAAGGCAAAGAAGGCAAAGAAGUAA